AAAUGUUGCGAGUCGCCGUUUCCGCUGCUCUCCGCACUGUUUCAGUGCGUGCACUGAGCAAUGCGUCCGUCCAACAACGAGUCAUCACCCCAAUACUCCUCUCCGCACAGAAACCAAGCUUCCAAAUCAGACAAUACUCUGCAAAGGCUCCACUGACCAAAAAGACACUCGAGGAGCGAAUUGUGUUGGUUCUCUCACUCUACGACAAAAUCGACGCGAAGAAGCUCACAAUGGACUCGGAUUUCUCGAAAGAUCUCGGCCUCGACUCUCUGGAUCACGUAGAAGUUGUGAUGGCGAUGGAGGAAGAGUUUGGAUUCGAGAUUCCCGACGGAGAUGCGGAUCGCUUCAAGACGCCACGCGACAUCUUCCAGUACAUCGCCGACAAGGAAGACGUUUUCGAAUAAUUUUUGUAUUUCUUUAUCUUUUUAGCUGCAGUAGAAAUAUUUUCUAUUAUCAUUUUUUUUUGUUUUUCGGAUUUUUUUUCAAAAAUAAAAGUUUGAAAUU